GGUUGGAGUGGUCUUCAUCCUUGGCAUACCUUAGUGUUCAUCCAUGGGAGCAGUUUUGUAGCAGAGUGUCAAUGUGAUUGCACAGUGGAACUCAAGUUUCAGUUGCAGCCAUGGCGCCGACAGCGCGAUCCCAGGGUGCUUCCGCCCGGCCUCAGGCUCCUGCGAUUCAGGUAGUGAAGUCUAGGAAGGAGAAGCGGAAGGAAGCGAGGCGGGCUAAAACCCAGCAACGCCUUCAUCAGUGGGUGAUUCAUCAGGCUGGAAAGCGGCGAAGGGCUCAGAAAGCAGCUGAAAAACAGCAGCCUGCGUCAGAAGAUCCAUCGUCGCUUGUGAAAGUUAAGGAAGGCCAUGAGUCUAAGCAGGAGAUUCCUCGGCAGGACAAACCUAAGUUGGUCACUCCUGUAGCACCUGCUGUGGAGCGUAAAGGUGCUCGGAGCAGAACGCCACAUAAAGAUGAGAAGAAGGCGAAGAAACGGAAAACCAAGUUUGAGGAAUUCCUUGAAAGGGACUUACAGAAGGCGGCACUCAUCAAUGCAGAGGCAGAUAUAGCUCUUGAGCGCAGGUUGGCUAAGAAGCUUAAAGUCAAAGGAGGAAAAUUGGGAGGUUUCGACGAUGGGAUGGCUGAUAUUCUAGAUGGACUUGACGAAGGUGCUGAGAUAUUAGAAACCAAAGAAGCGGGUUCCAGGGGUCGUGGCUGUCAGAAAAAGAAUUUGGUGCCUGACGCAGAACCUCUUUCGCUGAAGAAACAAAAGCAAGUGGAAAGUGAAGAUGACCUAAUUGGUAGUGACCAUGACGAUAGUGAUGGUUCUUUGCAAGAUAUGUUCAUGGAUGAUGAAGAUGGCUCUAGCCUGAGUGGAACUGAUUCAGACGAUGCUGAGGACGAGCAAUUGGGGAGCGAGGUAGAGGACCAUGAAGAGUCAGGAUUAGAGCUUCAAACAAAUGGAAGUGAGGGUGGUUCGGAUAGUGAACAGGUCGAUGACUCUGACUCGGGUUCAGAUGAGGAAGGAGAAGACGAUGAGGCAGGAGAAGUAGAUGAAGCGGAGGAUUCUGAUGAUGAUGCCAAGGAUGUUAAUCUACUCGAUGGAGCAAAAUCAAAGAAAGAGAAUCUGACUGAGAGGAGCAAUCGAAAAGAUGGCGAGACUGACAUCUAUGGUAGGAAGAAAGUAGAUGGAGUUAAAUAUAUCCCUCCUCAUUUGAGAGGAAAGUCUAAUGACUUAUCUGAAGAGACCAUCCGCAUCCAACGACGUCUCAGAGGUCUCCUUAACAGGCUUUCUGAGGCAAACGUGGAAUCGAUAGCUUCUGAUGUCUCCCUUCUUUUCCAGGCACAUGGGCGACGCAUGGUUACUGAAUUAGUGACUGACGAAAUCAUUGGUGCCUGUUGCGGAGGUCCUCGAGGAAAUGAUCAAUUUGCAGCAGUGUUUGCUGCCUAUGUGGCUGGAACAGCAACGAUGGUGGGUAUGGAUUUUGGAGCGAAAUUUUUAGCUUCUCUCGCUAUCGCAUUUGAGGAACAGUAUGAAAAGCAUGACAGCCUUGCAUUGCGAAAUCUUGCGCUGCUUUUUGCUAACUUAUACUCCUUCAACCUUAUUUCUAGCGAGCUGGUGUAUGAUUUGUUAGGCAUGCUGUGCAAACGCUUUGAGGAGCUUGAUGUUGCCACUAUUUUGGCCCUCUUACAAUCAUGUGGGAUGGGUCUCAGAGCUGCAGACCCAGCGUCAAUGAAAGAAUUUGUCGUCGCUGUGCAGCAACGCACAGCUGAGCUGAAGGCUACCCUCUCUGGCAGCAAUAAUGGUAAACCUGUGGAUCUUGGUAAAAGGGUUCAAUUCAUGCUGGAUAUGAUUUGUGACAUUAAGAAUAACAAGCGGCGAGCCAAGGAUGAUCCCGCCCAUCACAUGCGCCUCAAAAAAUGGCUCCAGAAACUUGGAGUUGAGGAUGUGCAAUUACGAUCUGUCACGUGGGAAAAGCUAUUAGAGCCAGAGAAGAAGGGCCAGUGGUGGUUGCCAGGGCCGCCAGGUGGAGAGGAUAAUUUGGCUGGUACAAGGGCAGAGUUAGCUGGGGUCAUAGACGGAGGCGCUGCUGAAGCAGACAAGAUGCUCCAACUUGCAGCUUCACAACGAAUGAAUACUGAUGCACGGCGGGCAUUAUUUUGUAUUAUCAUGAGCGCUGAGGAUUGUGUAGAUGCAUUUGAGAAGAUUUUGCGGCUGAAGCUGCCUGGAAAGCAAGAUCGAGAGGUGGUGCGAGUUAUUGUGGAGUGUUGUAUGCAGGAGCGGGCAUACAACCCUUACUAUGCUUUGAUAGUAACGAGGCUCUGCAACCACGACAAAAACCAUAAAUUCUCGUUCCAGUAUUGUCUUUGGGAUCACCUCAAGCAGCUAGAUUCAAUGGAGCUUCGGCGAAGCACAAAUCUUGCCCGCUUGACUGCAGCGCUAAUCGGAUCCUCCUCGAUUUCACUGUCGGUUGUGAAGGUUAUUGAUUUUGUUGACAUACAAAAGCUAACUCCGAAGGUCCUUCUACAUUUCCGUAUUAUGUUUGAGUACUUGCUUGGGGAGUACAGCAAUGAGGUGGUUUGGAAGGCUUUCUCACGUAUUGCAAGCUCAGCAGAGUUGACUGGCCUGAAAGAUGGAAUAGCUAUCUUUUUGCACCAACGCUUUUUGAAACAAGUGAAAAGUUCAGAGAAUAGUGACAUUUUAGUUAAGAGGUGUAAGCUUGCCAAAAAAGCGUUGGCUAACGUUCAAAAUUUGCCUUAUGGAAGCCAAAGUAGAGAAUUGUGAUCCUAUUAUUUAUGUUAUUCUGGAUUCUUUUAAUGCUGCUUUGUUAAUAUCACACAGCUGCAGCUUUUCUCACUCCCUCAA